AUGGCUGAUACACAACACUUGCAGGUAAGCCCCAUGGCAAAUAUUUCGACACCUUCCAGGAGAGGCCAUCGUCACAAAAGGUCAUUUGCCAUAUCUGGUGAUUUUGAAUUUUUAAAACAACCUCAAAAUGUAUUACCGGCACCAACUUCAUCUCAAAUAGAAAAGGAAAUGCCAAUGACAUCACAGAAGACUCCGGAAAAUUUACUUCCAGAUGAACCUACUGCCAUUUACCAUCAAUUUACUGUGCCACAACCUGAUUUCUUCAGUAAGACGCCUAAUCGAAAGAAUACUAAUAAUAGCAAUAAUAACACGCACACAUUGACGUCCCCAAGUCCUAGGUUUUUCAUAAGUCAAGAACCUAAAUUUUCAUCUCCAAUAAAAGGUGUUCCUGAUGCUAUUAUUAAUUUAGAUGAUGCUUUGAAAACUAAACCAAGAUCUUUUAAAUCUCAUCGUCGAACAGAAUCUGCCCCCGCAGAUUUAGAAGUUCUCUUACCAGCAAGGCCAUUAUCGACACCAAAUUUAAGAAUUGAAGAGGAGGAAGAACAAGAUACAAAUGUCAGUAAUAAUAAUGGUAUUCCUGACGGAUUAUUAUCCCCGCUUCGGCCCAGAAGUCCCCAUCGUAUUCGUUCUGCAAGAACAGACCCGUCUCUUUCUAUUGGAUCACCCAUUAAAACAAGUAGUAAUGGUAGAACAGCUGAUACAGAAGGUAAUUCUGAUGAUGAAAGCAAUGACAUAGAGAAUACUACACCUGGAGGAGGAAAUUUAAAUAGCAAUUACAAUUCUUUGAAAAUAAAGAGACAGAAGCAAAGAUAUUAUCAUUAUACUAAACAGUUACCUAUGAACAUGAACAACACGAUACAAUCUCAACUAUUAACUGAAAGCAAAUCGACGAAUUCAUUAUUGUCCAAUACUUCAAGAACUCCAGCUUCAUAUGGUAAUACACCUAUGAGGGAUUUACCUACACCUGAUACUCCUGUAUCAUAUGAUAAAGAUAAAACAAGUGCACGUAAUGGAAUACCGACAAGCACGAUGACAACUGGAACAGGAACAAAGGAUAAUUUUGGGUUUAGAAUGAAUGACGGGAGAAGAAGACCCUUAAGCCCCAUUUCACGAACGCAACCGCUGCAGCAGCAACAACAACAACAGCAACAGCAAUUUUCCUCUAGAAAUGGUAAUAAUGGUUCACAUUAUAUGUCUAUGAGAAGAGGAAGUAGUGGGAGUACAGUUGGUUAUACAUCUUUCCGGUUUGAAAGUCGAGAAUAUGAUAUACCAUACGAAGAUGAAUUGAGAAGUACUUCUCACACACCCUCCAUGUCAGGCGAUGAUACUAUAGUAUUUAAGACUGGUGGAAACGAACUUGUGGGUGAUCAAGCAUCAUUGACAUUUAAUGGUCAGUAUUUGCUCUCUCAAGACUUAUUAUUGGGUGAGCCAGGUGACACUGUUGAUUUAUCGUCCAUUUCAUCUCCAGGGAAUAAUAAGGGAAUCAUAGAAGGUUUGAAGGAAUUUUCCAUCGAUUCGACAGCAGUGUCUACAACCACUGAAUCGAUUCACUAUGCGAUUCAAGUGAAAAGUAUUACUAAUGUGACAUCACAUACUACUUCAGUAUCAAAAGAAAAAAAGGGUAGAAGUGUAAGUGAUGGUGUGCUAGAUGCUAAACAGAAAUCUAAAGGGAAGAAUAAAAAGAAAUCCAAAUUAAGCGUUUUCAUGAAUUUCUUUAAAUGA